CUGGUGGAAAAAGGAUUAAAUAGUAGUACAAUCAGCAAAAAGCACCAUUUCACCAUGAAUCAGCUUCACCGUUGGAUCUUCUCACUUGGGCUCCUUCUCUGCCUCAUAGCCUGUACCUGGGGGGCCAUGACGGUAUACGGCUUUGAGGGUCAGGAAGUCACUCUCCCAUGCAACUAUGACUCAAAAUAUCAUGGGAUAUGCCAUGUCUGCUGGAUGAGAGGAAGCAUCCCGAACCAGGGGUGUGGCAUGCAAGUCAUCUAUGCAAAUGAAAAACAAGUAGAGAUGCGAGGUGAUGCAAGAUAUCAGCUCAGAGGAGCACUGCAAAAUGGAGAUGCCUCUCUGACUAUCCUUAAUGCAAAAAAAAGCGACUCAGGGAAAUAUGGCUGCCGAGUCCACGUGCCCGGGUGGUUCAACGAUAAGAAAUUCGAAAUGUACUUAGAAAUUAUGGAGGCAACACAGCAGCCCACCACCACCCCGGGAUACGUAACUACUGCACACGUUAAAUACACAACACAGCAGCCCACCACCACCCCGGGAUAUGUAACUACUACGACACACGUUACAUACAUGCAACAUAAGACAGUGACUGUCCCACAGCCUGUAACCACUAAGCGUCCAGGCAAGACGAGUACCAGACACAGACAUGUAACUACUACAGCACUUAUUCCUACAAAGGAAACAGAACAGAUCACUGAGACUCUGGAAAAUGAAGAUACUACAAUACACACUGUUACAGACGUUGACAACCAAUUGACAACUAUUUUAACAGUUCAAGAUGAGAAACUCACCACCACUGAGCAUGAAGUUACGACUGACAAUUUCCCAGACGCUUCUUCUCCAAUAGACAAGCUUGUGGAUGAAGACAGAAAGGAAGUUCUGGCAAUCUUGGUGCCGAUUAUAUUGAUUUUGAUGAUCCUGGGAAUCAUUUCUGUUUAUCUAUUAUACAAGCGUAAAAUUAAAUUCAGGACAUCUGCAGAAGUAACGAAGAGCCAAUCUGUUUCUGUCGGCUACAGCAACUUAGACAGCUGCGUAACCUUGCCGAAGACGAACUCAUCUGGUGAUUAGACCCUGAGAAUGAUUAUGAACAGAGCACAUGAUAAUGGAUGCCAUUUACAUACAAAACACUCCACAUAAAUGUACUUUGCUAUAAAACCCUGUGAGCAUUAAUUAUAUUUUUACUGUACUUUGUUUAAUUAUUCAUUAUUUUUGAAAACUGAAAAAUGCAAAUAACUAGCCAUUACAAGAGAAGCUGCAUGCAAUAUGAUCUAAAAUACAAAAUGUUUUUCAAUUUGUUCAUUUGUUGUUAGUGAAUGAAUUAAGCUGCUGAAUAUUUUGUAUUUGGAUAACUAUAACUGUAACUGUGACUAUAAUAUGAAUGUGAUGCUUCCAGAAUAUGGAAUAUAAGAAUUUAACGACCAACUAUAUUAAAGUUAAAACCUUGCCAUGAAACCAAUGCCAUUUAAGAAGAUUUUACCAAAAUUUCUGUAAAAGGUUACAUGCCUUAGGUGAAAUAAAAAUAUUUUUUUGGAAUCGCAUGCAUGGAUAUGUUGUUGAAUGGAUUAAAUAAGG